AUGGCCUCAUCCUCAAAGCCCCCGAGCUUCCUACUCUACACUUGCAUAGCCCACCGCACCACAAUCCUCGCAGAGCACUCCUCCCCGGGAACUUCCUCAACAUCCGCCUCCUCUCUCGCCUCCAUUAUUCUCCCCAAAAUCACGCACGAAAAAUCGCAAAAGCUUACCUACACCCAUGAACGCCUCUUCGUGCACUAUAUCGCCGACUCGCCCACGGGGGCGAGCGACGAUUCCAGCUCCCGCCAGGAACCCAACUCCUACGCUCCGCUAAGCUACAUCGUAGUCGCGACCGCCGAACAGGGCCGUCGCAUCCCAUUCGCUUUUCUUCUCGAAAUGAAACGCAAGUUUCUAUCCACCUACCCACCCUCCAGCACUGAUUUCGCCGCCCUCCCGGCCUACGGCUGCGCCGCGUUCAACAACGAACUACGCUCCUUACUCCAGACGUAUAAUACCGCCCCGCCGUCGGACUCGCUCGCCUCAGCCCGCAGAGAAAUCGAUAGUGUGAGAGAUAUCAUGACGGAGAAUAUCGAGCGGGUGCUGGAGCGCGGGGAGAGGAUUGAUCUGCUGGUUGAUAAGACAGAUCGAUUGGGUGGGAGUGCGCACGAUUUUCGCAUUCGGAGUCGGGGUUUAAGGAGGCGGAUGUGGUGGAAGAAUAUCAAGUUGAUGGUGCUUUUGGGGGUGGUGAUUGUUUUCCUACUGUAUCUGUUCAUUGGGAUAGGGUGUGGACUACCGGCUUGGGGGAAGUGUGUUGGUCAUAAUGAGUGA